CCCCCUUGACAUAUAAACACCCUAAAUUCAAUUCCAAUUCGCCCCCUCCAAUUUCAACUCCCACCAUUAACACAAUGCUGAAGCUCCUCCUCGCCUCCUCUUCACGCCUCCAUGCCCGAACCCACCUGCAACAGCUUCAUCAAACCCGCCUAAUCAAACUCUGUUCCACAGUCUCCAUCGCCGAAUCUCCAAACCCACAAUCACUAAAUGUUCCAUUAAUUUCAGACCGCAUAGCAAAGCAACAAUGGUCGGAGCUCAAAACCCAUCUCAAAGACUCAACCUUUAUCACAGUUCUUCCCCAACUGCUCGACUCCGGAGCUGACCCUGAGCUCGUACACAGGUACUUCAACUGGGCCCAGAAGGCCCAAAAUGCUCCUCACAGUAUUGAAAUCACUUGUAGGCUGUUGCAGUCGCUUUCGAAUGCGAAGAAGUUCCCGAAGAUGAGAGCUUUAUUAGAUGAGUUUGUUAGAAGGAAUGAGAAGCAUUCUGUUUCUUCAGUUUUUCACAUGCUUUCAUUGUCUAGUAGCAGUCAGUUUUGUGCUAAUUCAGUUAUAGUUGAUAUGCUUGUGCUGGCUUAUGUUAAGAAUUCCAAGACCAGUUUGGGUUUUGAGGCGUUUCAGAGAGCUGGGGAUUAUGGGUUUAGGUUGUCAAAGCUGUCUUGUAAUGCUUUGUUGAGUGGUUUGGUGAAGGAGAAAGAGAUUGGGUGUGUUGAGUUUGUGUAUAAGGAGAUGAUUAGGAGGAGGAUAGUGGCGGAUUUGUUUAGUUUCAGUAUUGUGAUUAAUGGGUUGUGUAAAGUCGGGAAAUUGAAUAAGGCAAAGGAUGUUAUGGAUGAUAUGAAGGCUUGGGGGGUUGCACCAAAUGUGGUUACUUAUAAUACUAUCAUUCGUGGGUAUUGCAAAUUGGGCGGGUUGGGGAAAAUGCAUAAGGCUGAUGCCGUAUUGAAGGAGAUGGUGGCGAGUAAUGUUUGUCCGAAUGAGGUCACGUUCAAUACUUUAAUUGAUGGGUUCUGUAAGGAUGAGAAUGUAUCAGCUGCGUUUGAGGUGUUUGAGGAAAUGAGGAGGCAGGGUUUGAAACCCAAUGUGGUUACUUAUAAUUCACUGAUAAAUGGGUUAUGCUGUGAUGGGAAGCUUGAGGAGGCUUGUCGAUUGCGGGAUGAAAUGCUUGGCUUGGGUUUGAAGCCAGUUAUAGCAACCUACAAUGCACUUAUAAAUGGGUUUUGCAAGAAGAAGAUGCUGAAAGAAGCUAGAGAGCUGUUCAAUAACAUUUGUGAGCGAGGCUUGGUAGCCAAUGUCAUUACAUUUAAUACACUCAUUGAUGCUUAUUGUAAGAAUGAGAUGGAGGAGGAAGCAUAUGCAUUGCAUAACACGAUGAUAGAGAGAGGGGUUAACCCAACCACGUCAACAUUCAACUGCUUGAUAGCUGGUUCGCUUAAACAGGGAAACGUAGAAACAGCCAAUAAGUUCUUACAGAAAAUGGAGGCUCAGGGCUUGAAAGCUGAUCAAAUUACAUAUGAUAUACUGAUAGAUGCCUUAUGUAAAGAUGGGGAGCCAAGAAAGGCAGAACGAUUCUUGAAUGAGAUGCUUACAAAGGGUUUGAGCCCAAGGCAUUUGACAUACAAUAAUUUGAUGGAUGGCUACUGCAGGAAAGGAAACCUAAAGGCAGCUUUGAACUUGAGGACUCGGAUGGAGAAAGAAGGGAAACGAGCAAAUAUAACAACAUAUAAUGUGCUGAUCAAGGGAUAUUGUGUGCAGGACAAGCUUGUAGAUGCAAAUGAACUUCUAAAUGAGAUGCUGGAGAGAGGUUUGAUCCCAAAUCGAAUUACUUAUGAAAUAGUAAAAGUGGAAAUGAUGGACAAAGGUUUUGUUCCUGAUAUAGAUGGACACCUGCAUAAUAUAUCUAGCUCUUAACCAUGGAAUUGGGAAAUAUAA